CCGUUUUGCCUUUGCUCUGUCAGCCUCACUGGCUAGCUGCUAGCUGCUAGCACCCGCUCUCACUGCUUUAAUUUUUUAAUUUUCUAUAUUCUGUCCCUUUUCUUUGUAAAUAUACUACGACCCUGGUCAUCUUCUUUCGAUAUACUUGAAUAAAAUGGUCGUUUUGACAAAUGACGAAGAACAGGAUUACAUCCUGAUAGAGGAGCGCAAAUGCGUCUCGCUGCCCUGCUCGCCUGCUAAGCGAGUUUCUCCAGCCAAAAGGAAGCAGUAUUACAUCAAUCAAGCCGUCCGCAACUCUGAACUCACUCCACGCGCCAAAGGCAAAAAGAGCCAACGCCGACAGGAGAACACUCGUUAUCUUGCCAAUCUCCUGGAGAAGGACGAAUGCUCCAAAGACGACCUGGAGGUUUGCAGCAACCCGGCCCUCCCGUCCAUCUUUACUGAGGCCUGUACCAAUGGAAACUACAUAGAGCCGUGGAAUGACUUCAUGAAUUGCUCCGGUGAGGAACAGGAGCGGCUGCUUUCUCUCCUGGAGCAGGAGGGAACCAAUAGGAAAAACGCCAAUCAACUUCUCAAAGACCACAGGAAUGUAUUUCCUGCCUUUUCUGCUCAGGAGUGCUUCCACAGAAUCGAUCGGCGGCUUCGAACGACUCUGAAACGGAAGCAAAUACCCAUGGGAAAGCUGGAAGUGAUCGAGGAAGACCUUCUCAGCUUCUUCAGCGCUGAACCUCACUCAGUUUACACAACCAUCCUCAGUAGCAGUUUUGAGAGGCUGCUUCUUCAUGCCAUCUGCCAGUACAUGGACCUCGUCUCUGCAAGCAUCGACUACAACGGCUCACGUCAGACUGAAGUGAUGAACAAACAAGACGAGUUUCUUCCUCCUGGACUUUUACUGUCUGCCUACCUGGAGAAGAUGAGCUGAGACCUCCUCUUCCUCUAUAAUGUAAAUGUAAAUAGGACGUGGGGUGAAUUUUCCAUCAAUUCUAUCCACAAAGAAACUUCAACAAACAUUUAACUAAACCUUCAACUUGCUUAUCCUUCCAAAACUUUAGAUCACUUCAGUGCAUCCAGUUUCUCACUAGUUGCUGGUUUGGAGCAAAAACACUCAAAACAUUUUUUUAAAUGUUGUCAGUCUCGAAUAACGAUGUUUUUGCAACGACUAAUGAUUACAAAAUGUUUGUAAUCUCUGUUUUGAUUAAUGCCGCCACUUGAGGACGUUUCUAAAGUAGGAUUUAGUCAAACGCUGAAACUGAAAAACGCUUUUUGUCGCGCAUGUCUGACUGGAAACGUGGAAUCAUAAAACGAUAACAGUGAGCUCCUGUUCUUCUCCAAGUGCAGAUUUAUAAAGUUUUAUUCUUUUACAUUAGAGAAGAAUAAAUAUGGACAAAGUCAUACUUUUACUCUAAGCUAUAAAGCUUAAUUAAUUGCAGUAACAAAAGUUAUUUUUGUUCUCAUUGGCCUGUAUUACUUUGACAAAUGUUUUGAUUAUAAAAAAUAUAGUAAAACUUUUUCCAAUUUCAAUGUGACGUUUAUCCUGUUCAACAAAAAAAUAAUGUAGUUGCAUAAAUUUGUGCACAACCUUAACCUAGUACUUUGAUAAAUAAUGUAUUGACUUAGUUUAUGGUUGUUUAUUAAUACUAAUCUAACAGCCUCCCUCUUUUUGGCUUUGAUUUGACUCUUGACUUAAAAUUUUAUCAAAGUGAUACUAUUGUGAUAACAAAAUAAAUUUCUUUAGGAAAUUAGCCACAUAAAUGUCCUGAAGCAGAUUUGAUCAUGUUUAAUUAUAUUUAGUGACGCUUUCAUCAAUAAACAAUGGAACAAACAAUGAAGAAAAUAGUAAAUGAAACAGCAAAUCUGAUAAUACAGCCAGUUUUUAAAAACUGUUUUAAUUUAUUGGGAUAAAUAUAAAUCAAAAUUCCUAUGAUUAAAUAUUUUUCAUGAUAAGCGAUGCGAUAAAUUCUGUGAUCUGGUUCCGACUCGCAGACACUUUAAGGUUUGUUCAUCGUUUCUUCCACAUCAAUAAAAGCAACAGUUUCAUGUAAAAAAAAAAAAAAGGAUCAGAUCAUAACACUGCCACCACCGCGUCAGCCUCACUGAUCAUUUGCCAAUGAUCAGUAUAUCCUUCUAUCGAUGUUUGAUAAAUAUCCAGUUUUGGUAAUGUUACUUCAAACCGUAGUGUGUGUGUGUAUAGUUUCUCUAAAGAAUGCAAAUGAUCUUAGGAAACUGAAUUUCACUCAGGUUCCUCAGAUUUACGUUGUUUUUUUUUUGUGCAUUUAUGUUAAAAUUUGAUCCAAAGGUGUGUAAAAUAUUUGUCUUAAGUGAUUUGCAUACUUAUACCACAUUUUUCCCUCUAAUAGAUUAGUUUUAUUGUACAGGUUAGAUGUCAAAUUAAAGGUAGAAAAUUUUUUGAAAUGAUUCAGCAGCAUUAGUUGUUCUCCAAAUACGAAUAUACAAAAUAUAAACCUGCUUCCUGGCCAUCAAUAGAAAUAUUUUAGUUAUUCAUGUUGAUGUUGCUAAGCAUUUCUCAUAGACUAUAAAAUACAUACAGAAUACAUUAGAAUCAAUACAAGCUCACUUAACGAGUUUAGUUCAAUCUAUAAAGAGGAAGUCAAGCCUUUAAAGUGGAAACCUCUACGCCAUCAUGUAUGAAUAUUUAAUGAACUGAACUUGUAAAGUGUGUCCGUCUGAAUAGAGAAACAAAAAUGAUAAAAGCUGAAGAACUAAUGGAAAGUUUACUCUGAGGUCUGCAGCUGGCUUUAAGCAUGAACGGUGCUAUCUUUGCUCUCAGAUCAAAUGCUUUUCCGCCUGAAACUCUUCUGGAUUUCUGUCAGCGAGUUUCACAGCAUGAGUUUUAGGGAUCCUCCUGUAAGCACAGACAUAUCGCUUAUCAAAGUGACAUCGUCCUCGUUGUUUAGGGGACAUUUAUCCAUCCGUGUCGAUUUCUGGGCGCGGACGCCUUGUUCACACUGGAAAUGUUCUCAUUAACUAUAUCUUCAGAGUUUAUCGAUUCGGCUGCAGACACUGCCACCUGAAACGCAGUCCGGACUUUGAGCUCAGAUCUGUCGAGGUUUCCGAUUACACAGCAGAUCCAGUUUGGACGGCUGGAGCAGCUGCUGUUCUGGUGCUGGUUUCCAGUGUAGACAGAGCAUCUGGGUCGCCUCAGUUAGUCUAAAAGAUAAGGAACUUUAUUCUAUGUUAAAACCUAUAAUAGGAGCCUCCAUGUCUGCAUGCAUUUCUGGAUUUUUUCCCCCCUCCAGCCUCUUUGUUUACACUCAGAUAACAGGUUUAGCAGCUGCUUUACUUUAACUGAUACUAUCAAUUAAUGUAGUUCCCAGUUUGUACAGCAGAGGCAUCAUUUUGCACUUUUGUGAUCCACAUCAGAGGAUUUUUUUAAUGAUUUAAAAAAACACUUUCAUCAACAACCACUCUUAAAACCAGAAGAUAAGCACUUCUGCCUUAUGAACCUGCAGUUUCUAUCAUUUGUCUGUACAUGCAUUUCUAUAUUUUUACUUGACCAGAUCUUGGAAACGUGUACCCAGUUUCUGCUUCUUUUUUACGCUGUUGACAGCAGCAGAAACAAAACUUGAAAUGUUGGUGCAUUUUGUCAACAACCAAAGCGUGUGUGUCUGUUGCAUGGAUACAUCCAACUUCUCAGGCUUUGAAUCCAUCUCUCUGAAUGUCUCGUUUCACAUGUCGUCUGCUCUCUUCACAUGAACCUGGUUCGUGUUCUCUGCAGCUCUUUGGAGGGCUGACAUCUUUUUAACUACAUGUAAUCACGCUGUAAAUAUUUAACUGUCUUGUGCCAAAAUAUGGUUUUUAAAAGCUUAAGCAUCUGAAAGCUGAAUACGUGAUUCUGGAGGAUUUUUGUGUAUAUCUGAUGUGCAUAUUUAUAAUGAUCUCUGCCGCUAUUAAAGGGGAUUUAAAGUGCA